GCAGCUCCGUUGAUACAGCUCUGUCGCGGACACAGUUCGCUUCACCGGAGCUUGGUUGAAGGGCUCUGGGCGUAUUGCUCGCCGCAGCUAGGCCUUUGCCAGACUCGGCAGAUUGAAAUGCUGGUGAAACGUGCCAGAGCUCGCUUGGAAGCGCAAACCGAAGAGGUCAGCUUGAAGUUGACAAGGAACUCUCGCUUCACGGCGAAGUUUGUGGCGGUGGUGUCGGAUUCCUUCCAGCUGGUUUGGAAAGACUCGGGCUGUGCCGACUUUGCCAGAUCCUUGAAGGUCUCCGAAGCGUGGUCGAGGGCUGCUGCUGGCUUCUUGCACUGUAUGCAGGAGCUCACGGAGGCCUCCCACAGGCAGUGGCUGUUGAUUAGAAAGUAUGCUGCUGUGGAGAACAGCUUCAUGAUACCACGAUGGAAUUUUGCUUGGGAAGCGAAUGGGGGAGUGGCCGGCGAAGGGGAUGCCAAGCAUCCAUCACAUCGAGCUUAUGCCUUGCUCCAACUGCUGAGAAAAAUGUCGAGUUCGCGCCCGGAUGAGCCGCUGCUCAUGGUUGAGCUGGGUGUCUGCUUGGCCGGGACUUCAGAAGCACUAUUGAAGCGAAUGCCUGGCUUGCGGAUUAUUCUCGUUGAUCGGGUCAUAUUUCCCGUGGCCAAGCAGCGGAUGCAGCCUUAUGCAAAUCGCACCACAUGGAUCAAUGACCUCAGUACGGCGGCGUCAAGCAAGGUGGCAGAUGGAUCUGCAGACAUCGUCUUCAUAGACGCAGCCCACGAUUACAAGUCUGUCCAGGAAGACCUCCGUCAUUGGGCUUCCAAAGUUCGUCCUGGGGGCAUCCUCGCCGGCCACGACUACCUCGCCGCCGCACCAGGCUUUCCGUGCAAGGAUGUUCUAGGGUUCAAGCUAGUCAGGAACACCGCCGUUCUGCCUGUGGAGGCUUUCCAACGUUUGAUGUAG